AUGGUAAUAAGACCAGUCCCCGGAUCAAUGACAGAACUCCGUGGAGCUGAGGCCCAGGCAAGAGUUUGCACAGAAAUGAAAGAGCUGUGUGAAAUCAUUAAUGAGUAUGGGAAGACGCCGUGUAAGGGUUUGCUACCUCCAGAACUUGCUGACGCAACUAAAGUUAUAUCUUUUGGAGAGCUGUUUACGAUAUACACAGUGAUCUCAGAUAAGCUAGUCGGCAUUCUGUUGCGGACGAGGAAAUAUCAUCUCACGUACUUUGAAGGAGAGGUUUUAUUCCAGAAACGAGACGAUGAUGUCCCAAUUUUCUUGAUGAUGCCAAUCGAGGGAAUUAGAGAAUAUUGCAACAACAAAGCAAUGCAAGCGAGAAGAUCUGUGUCACCCAUGCCACAAUAGUUAAAUAAUAUCAAGAACGUACAGAAUGUAACAAAAAAAGUGCUACUAAAUUAUACUGAUCACAGAAGAAAAAAACCAAUGGAAGUGCCUUAAGCCUACACAUUCAUAAAUGUUAAACACUAAAAAAAACCUUAAUAAUGAUUGGUCGUAGUUUCCAAUUAAAAUUCUGGACUGUUAAUAUAAUUUUUAAACUUUACCCAGUUCAAUACAUAUUUUUGCAAGGUUCAACGGUUUCGAAAAUGGAAAAUUUAUUAAAAUAUAAUAAAAUAAAACCUAACGAUGAUAUGAAACAUGAAACACUACCAUUGAUAAUAUUACAGGACUAUCGUUUUUGCACGCCAAAGUAGCAAAAUAAGGCAUUUUCUAUGAUUUUCGAGGUUUUGCCUGAGAUGAUCGACACGAUCACAACAUAAAGAGAAACUGGCGAACUGAGUUCAAGUACGUGGAACCCUCUUAGCACUUCUAUUGUAUUUAUUGUUCUGUGAUGAUGAUCGUAUUCUCGGUUAAAAUAGCUUUACUCUUUUCAAACGAAGCUUUAUUUAUGCAAAUGAAACAUUUACUUUAUAUUUCGAAAUCGUCAAUAUUUCGCUUACGUACUGUUUGUCUAAAGUUAUAUGUUAUCAUAACUACAUAGCUAGCUAAAAUAGAAACUAUUAAUAAAAACAGAAAGAUUUGCUUACUUAAUUAAUUCAGAAUAUCAUAUUGUCUUCUAAAGUUGAAAACCUCAUGUCGACAUCCCUUUUUUACUCUUCAAGUACAAUAUAUGGCAAUUAAAGCUUUAAAUAUAAUUUGUAGACCCUUUUUUAAUUGUAAAUUAAAGGCAAAAUCAUAGAUUACCACAUAGUUAUUUUUAGUAAUUCUUUUUUGUGCCUCUUCAAAUGUUCACAUUAAUGGAGAUUACGAGUUUAAGAAUUUAGCAGAUAUUCUACGUUGUGAUGUAAAUAAAUCAAUUUUUUCAAAUUUUUAAGUUAUUAUUAGCUCAUAAAUGUUGCAAGAGAUUCUCGGAUGAAGGUAUGCUCGGGCCUUUAUAUAAGGUAUAAAGUAUUACUCGUCUGUAAAAAUAGUUAACUGACUACCGCUCCAAAUCCAUUACUAUAACUAUAUUAUAGUACACUACCGUAUUGGCACGCUAUGAUGGCCGUUUUGACAGAUUACAAUAAUGAGGUCAAAUCUCGUAAUUUGAUUAUCGAAAAAAAGUAAUCAAAGGCGAGUCGCAUCUAAGUUUUUAGAUUUAUAACUAAUAUUGCAAGGGGUACCUGAUUAAAAAGUUUUAAUAAAACGGAAAUAAAAAUGUUUACUUAAUACUUAAUAUAUAUAAUCGUCAAUUCGAAACUAUUUGGUUUUGCAUUGGAGCUUUGACGUAAGUUUACCGGAGGUAGAAGUCGUGCUGGACAGCGAUCCUAUAAGUGACGAUCGUAUUAAAUUUCAUUUUUUAAAUUUCGAAUUUCGGAAAACAAAUGCCGCGUUGUGUCGUAAAAUGAUACAUCCAUAAAUUUCAACGUAGAUAUGAAUUAAAACGAAACGUGAUGAGCGGACAAACGUUAAAACGGCCAUCAUAGUGUACCGUUACUUUAAUCAAAAUAAUAGAUACUCCUAUGAACAAAUAAUAAUUCAGGGAAAUAACAGUAAUUGUACCUGCCAACAAUUUACCAGAUAAACGCUUGAUGACGACAAACUAGUUUGACUAUACUAUACUACUAUACAGGGGGCGAUAUUCCUUGAUACGUGACGUCAUCGGCGUUACUUCUAUAUCGUUCACUGAAAAAACAAUCUAAUUAAGGUGAUCAUAUAUUUUGUAAUAAGUAACAUAUUUGAGUGUAAUAAUGAUCGCAGCAACCAUUUUCAGUAACGAAUUUAAUCUCGCUGUGAUUGAUUUCGUCAUGGAUCUUGAUGACUUGAUUAAAGACUAUGUAAAUUUUCAGUGUAAUUUAAUAUAAAAUAAAUUUACAUUGUAAUUGAACAGA